AUGAAAGCUAUUUUAUUCGCAUUGCUUCUUCUUUGUGUAUCCCAGGGUAGACACCAAACAAGAGGAAUCCAGAUGCCUAAUGAGUACAUUGUAAAAGAUCUGAUUCAUGAAUCUGUAGGAAUAGAGACCUUGGAGACUCCCCAUUUUAACAUAUAUUUUAACCAUAAUCCUACGACAAGGUGGGACCAUCCAAUUAUGUACUUUAAGAGCCAUAUCUUGGUGGUCCAGAAAACCAUUCUGGAUAAUGUCCCAGGAAUCUUAGAGAAGUUCUUCUGGGGAUUUAGCAAAUUCAUGGAGUUUAGGACACAGGGCAUGAAUGGGAAACUCAGUCUCAUCGAUGAAAAUUUCCUUGAGCAUAAGGGAAUAUCAGAAAUCCUUGGUAUCCCCACUCAUCACGUGAUGUUGACUAAUUUCGCAUAUGAGUUGUUCGCUUAUUGCACCUCUAUUGUUGCUCAUGAUAAAAACGGUGAGAUUAUUCAUGCUAGGAAUAUGGAUUAUCCUCUUUAUCAAUCAAUGCAAAAUUUGACUUAUACUGCAGAUUUCUUCGAUAAUGGAGAAUUCUUAUUCAGAUCAACUAUGUUUGCAGGGUACACUGGGGUUUUUACUGCAAUGAAACCAGGAAAAUUUGCUAUCUCUAUCAAUGAGAGACAUACAAAAACAGCCAUGGGAAUUGGUGUAAACAUUUUAAGAUUUAUCACAGGAUCAUAUAGUCCUGCUUCCCUUUUGAAGCAUACUUGAAGAUAUGCUCAAUCGUAUAAUGAAGCCAAAGAAAUUCUCUCUAAAUAUCCUUUAACUGCUCCUGUCUAUCUCAUUGUUAGUGGUACAGAGGUAGAUCAAGGAGCGAUUAUUUCUAGGGAUAGAUCAGGAGCUGCAGAUAUCUGGUUAAUCAACAAUCAUUCUACAGCAGACUGGGUUAUUGUCCAAACAAAUUAUGAUCAUUGGAUAAAGCCAUCUCCUGCUUCUGACAAAGAAAGAGCUAAUACUGCCUAUCACCACUUGAAGAAUAUUGGAAGAAGUGAACUUGACAAGGAAAAUAUUGUAACCGAUGUGCUCCAAAUUCCACAGAUCCUUAACAGAGGGACUAUUUACUCAACUGUGAUGCAAGCCAAAAUUACUACCGGCCACAGCACAGAUGUUGAUGUAGGAGGCGCAUACUUCAAGAACUAUAGAUAUCAAUAG